AUGUCUGGCCAAUCCGCUGCCGCGUUGCGACAUCAUCUGGAGGAAAUCGACGCCAAAACUGCGGCUCUAGCUGCUGAGCGACAAAAUGUUGUUGAAAAGUUGCAGCGUAUUACCUACCGCGUUCUCAAGCUUCCGGUGGAAAUAAUGUCCGAAAUUUUCCUCUUAUCCUCCCUCGACCGCAUCAAGAUCGGAGAGCAUCAAGACACGGGCCCAUUUAUACUUGCCAGCGUCUGCAAGCAUUGGCGCGAGAUUGCGUUGGGACUGUGCCAACUAUGGACGCGCAUCUCCAUACUCUGCUUGGAUCCCCGCCCAGUCCAACGAAUUCUCUCUCUCUGCGUGUCCCGCGCUGGUAAUGCCGUGAAUCUCAAUGUGGAGUUUUAUGGCUUUGAUGCAACGUUCGCGUUGCUUGCGCCGUUAGCGGAACGGUUGUCAGAACUCGAGCUCCACUCAGUCAGGAUACGCCAAUGGAACAGCAUACGUCAGCGCCUGCCUCGCCUGCAACGACUCAGCAUUUACUGUCCUUUUGACGAGCCUCUAGGUCGCGAGGGCCUUCGUGUCGUAUUCGAAACCGCACCGAUGCUUCGAGAGGUCCAUCUUUCUGGGCCAGUGAGCAACAACCCUUGCGAUCUAAUUUCUCUCCCAUGGGCACAGCUCACAAGUCUCUCGCUCUUCUCCAUCAAGCCGGACUGGUGUAUCCAAAUAUUGUCCAAGACACCCGCACUCGAGACCCUCAAUUUGGAGCUUUUCGGGGUAUCAUUGCUUUCUUCCACAUUGCCCAAGCUCAGUCUCGAACGUGUGCACACUCUGAUAGUAGACUGCACUCCAAAUCCAAGUGACGCCGGACCGAGAAGACACCAUUUAAUCGACUGGCUCACGCUUCCUGCGCUCACCCAUCUCACUUUCCGCCACCGCGAGCCGUAUGUGGAUGUGUUCCCCCAACUCCUUUCCCGCUCCAAAUGCGGCGCCACGCUGCGUUCUGUGACUAUUGAUACGAAUGACAGCUACGGAGCCGUCACGCGCAUUCUAGAUGCUGCCCAGCAUCUCGACCGCCUAACUGUGACCGGACUCGGAUGGGAGGAGCUAGAGGAACUGAUGUUUUUCCUCGCGCCGGGAGACGGCGAGUCCAACUCGGAUACGGAGUCAGAAGCAUCAAUUAUUCUCUUGGACGGGCCACCAGUAGCACCCGCAAAAUCACCUCAGCCCAUUCGCCACAUCCAACACGUCCGGCUCGCUAUGGCUCUGGGCCCCAUUCCAUACCCGUCAAUAGCGUCGUUCGUCUCGCGCAGCCAAAAUAUCUCCCUGAAGAGCUUUGAGUUGUGUAUUCCUCACAACAAGCCCGACCCCACUACCGCAGCACACAGGAAACCUGAGGUCGAGGCUGCCGCUGUGAAGAAGAUUCGACACAUUGCAGCGGCGCCAGAUCGUCCCAACGUCAGCAUCAAGUUUGGGGAUGUCGAUGUCCUAUCCAACUCAAAACUCGGAGUCUAA